UGGAAGGAUGAUUCACUUUGAAAUCACAAUUUAAUGGAUAACGCGUCUGAGAAUCCAAUUUUACAGCCAUCAUCAAAUUAACUUUCAUGCAGCUAGGAUCUCUUCUCUCAAAAUACAAUUUUUUUUUUUUUUUUUUUUUUUUUAAUGAGCUAGCCAUUCUAUUCUAUUGUGAAAAUCAUGAAUGUGAUUUCAAAAUGGUUACUUUGGUCAAGAAACUUUGAAGUGAAAAAAAGAAAAAGAAAAAGAAGAAAAAAAAGAGGAAUUAAACUAGAGAGAAUUAACUCAUUAGAACAUCCAUAGAAAACAGAAUACACAGUUUAUAAUAGUGGUACUUAAACAAACACUAAAAACCAAGGAGAAAUAGAUCACAGUCAAACAAUGACAUAAUUUACCCAAAAAAAAAAAAAAAAAAAUCAAACAAUGACAUAAUAUUUAUAUUAUAUAAUGUUGGGUGAUCGAUCUCUCCAAGACCCAUACAGUACAUGUUUUUCUCUCUCUAUCUAUCUAUAUAUAUAAAAAAAAUAGGAAGUAGAGUUGCAAAAUGUGUUCAUCAAUCUGAUGAUAGAGAAGAAGGCUUCAUUAUGUGUACUCCUAUUUAUCUCCCACCAGGUUUCAGGUUCCAUCCCACAGACGAGGAGCUCAUCACUCAUUAUCUUAAGAAGAAGGUCUCGUCUUCGACGAAUCCCAUAAUAUCUAUGAUAACUGACAUCAAUCUCUACAAGUUCAAUCCAUGGGAACUUCCUGACAAGGCCGUGUUUGGUGAGAGUGAAUGGUUUUUCUUCAGUCCAAUAGAUCGGAAAUAUCCCAAUGGUGCUCGCCCAAACAGAGCAGCAGCAUCCGGCUAUUGGAAAGCCACCGGGACUGGUAAACCAAUUCUUUCCUCCAAUGGGUCACGGUGCCUUGGGGUGAAGAAAGCUCUUGUAUUUUACAGAGGUCGCCCUCCGAAAGGCACAAAAACAGAUUGGAUGAUGUAUGAGUAUAGGCUUCUCAAUGGUACCUCUCAGUCCCUUAAACCUCGAGGAUCGAUGAGAUUGGAUGACUGGGUUCUAUGCCGUGUUCGUCAGAGAAGCAAUGUCCUGACACGAAGAGAAGAAAACGGCGAAAGCAGCAAAAGAAGUUCAUCCUCUCCAUGUGAUGUUGGGCCUUUCGAAGAAAAAGACAUAAUGGAGAAGAUCAAUUACUUGAAAGACCAUGAAUUGGCUGCUCAAGAAGGUGUAGUUGAUUUGCAAGGAGGCUCUUUGGAACACUCGAUUUCGGAUGUAAAUUCUGAAAGUCCCCAAAAACACGUGGUUCAUUCCAUGAAACAUGCACUUGAAAAAAUCAGAAGGGUGCUUUCUAUUGAAGCUUUGGAUGAACAAGCGGCACUACUGCCAAACAGUAGACUAUCUAUGUUCACUCUCUUAUAA